GUCAGCUGAGGUGCUCAGCAGUCAACGCAGGUAUCGUCGAUAUCUAAACCCAGGUUCAGGAGUUAGGCAGUAUCGUCAGAAGUUUGUUGCAGCCAUGGACGAUGCGUUCGAAAGCAUGAAGGCAAGCUCCAUGAGGCUUUUGGGGGGGGAGCCGGAGGAGAAAAGCGCGCUGCGGGAGAUGGAGGAGGCGGUGUGCAGCGUCUGCCCUUCCCUGUCGUGGAGAAAUCGGCUCAUUGGCUACGGCGCUUGUCUGGCAGUCGGCUUCUGCCUUACCUUCGGGUCUCUCUUCAGGGUGGGGCAACUGCUCACAGGGAACCCGCGGCCGUUCGUCCUCUACUUCUCGCUGGGAAGCAUGCUGAACAUCUGCAGCUCCUUUUUUCUCACGGGCCCGUGGAAACAGAUCAAGAAAAUGUUCAAUCCCGUAAGAGCCGUGGCCACCAGCAUCUACCUGGCCACGCUUUCCGCGACCUUGUUCGUGGCUCUCUCUCCGUACGCGAGCGUGCCCUUCCGGGGCAUCCUCCUCCUGUGCCUUGUUGUGGCGCAGUUCUUGUCGUACGUGUGGUACACCCUCUCUUACGUCCCGUUCGCGCGGAGGUUUAUGGCUGGGUUUUGGUCGGGGUUGAGAAGCGGAGGAUGAUGAAGCGAAGAUGUUCUCUCUUUUUCCACAGGUCGCGCCCGCGCGCGUUGUGUGUAUUCAUUUCGGUUCCUGCUCCGACCGCGCUAACCGGCUGACCCAAUGAAAAUUGUGCGUGUGUGUUUUGUGUUCUAUGCAGCCGUUCCUUGUGGUCGGUCUUAACAACCUCUUCUCGUUUGGGUGUUACUAUGCGUAGACUAUUAUGACUUAUCUGUGUUUUAUUUCCGUAAAAUCUUAUCGCUAAUAGAUGUGCAGUGUAAGCUCGUUCUUGCCUCUUGUAACACAAGCGUGAUCACAUUUAGGUAUCGUAAAUUCUACAUCGAAGCUGGGGAGCGGAGGAACGACAUCAACGCCGGCGGUGAACGACUGUUUCAGAAAUUCCAGUGUCGUUCAUUUGCAGCAGGCUCGUGUUUUCUGUUUUCCCCGGCGAGUACUGGGAGCGGGGAAGGUUGUUCUAUACCGUGGGCUAAGUAUUUAUUUUGUCGGGGGGGGGGUUCGGAAGAGGUUCGUCCUUGGUGUCAGUGUAGCCCAGUCCCCGUGGAAUCAUGGCCACCCCAUCAUUCUGGUGGUCUGGUCGAUCCCGAGGCAGCUCGGUUGGUUUAGUGUCUUGGUUGCUUUUCAACCUGAGCUUACGGUGGUGCUGCAGGGUCAUAGUGGGAGCACAUCGUGCCAUUAGUAGAGGGCGCAGUCGCCUUGUUGAAGCUGUAAUACGCAGUCCCGUUGGAUUUUCCUGGGGGUGUUGCUACUUUUGUUGGUCUUUCGUAUUUUUUGUUGUGUUUGACCUCUGUCCUCGAAAAACGCAACGGAUGGAAGUUGGUCCUUCUGAGACGAGAGAACGCAUUGCUAGUGAACGAGAGUGCUGUGAUGUGGGUAAGCGAUGCCUACAAAUAUGGUUGCAAGGGGGGAGGCCUCCUACCAGAUGUACGUCGCGGACCCUGCGUGGUCAGUGAGGGUGAACUCUUUCUUCCGUAUGUCAACCUCGUUUUUUUUUGUG